GGCUCUCGCGAGAGCGGCGGCGGAGCGGGACGGCGGAGCCAUGUUGCGGGCGGCGGCGGCGGCGCGCGGCGUGAGGAGGGCGGCAUCCCUGCUGCACCAGUUUCAGAGGCUUCAGAGUACGUUGGUCAUAGCAGAACACAACAAUGAGACUCUUACACCCAUUACACUCAAUGCAGUCACUGCAGCAAAACGUCUCGGAGGCGAAGUUUCCUGUUUGGUUGCUGGGACCAGUUGUGACAAGGUAGCACAAGAGCUCAGCAAGGUGCAGGGUGUUGCAAAAGUGCUUGUGGCUCAGCACGACCUAUUCAAGGGAUUUCUAGCAGAGGAGCUGACUCCCUUGGUUUUGGAAACUCAGAAACAAUUUAAAUACACUCACAUUUGUGCUGGAGCAUCUGCCUUUGGGAAGAAUCUUAUUCCCAGAGUGGCUGCGAAGCUGGAUGUUGCUCCUGUUUCUGACAUCAUUGAGAUCAAAUCACCCAACACUUUUGUGAGAACUAUCUAUGCAGGAAAUGUUCUUUGCACCGUCCAGUGUGAUGAAGCAGUUAAAGUGUUUUCUGUACGGGGGACAUCUUUUGAGGCUGCACCAACGAGCGGCGGCAGCGCCAGUGUGGAGAAAGUGACCCCUCCAGCACCUGUUGGUCUGUCGGAAUGGAUUGAGCAGAAGCUGUCAAAAAGUGACCGGCCUGAGCUUACGAGUGCAAGAGUGGUUGUAUCAGGUGGAAGAGGCUUAAAGAGUGGUGAAAAUUUUAAGUUGCUCUAUGAUCUUGCGGACCAAUUGAAUGCUGCAGUUGGAGCUUCCCGUGCAGCUGUAGAUGCUGGCUUUGUUCCUAAUGACAUGCAAGUUGGACAGACGGGUAAAAUAGUAGCACCAGAACUCUAUAUUGCUGUGGGAAUAUCUGGAGCAAUCCAACACUUGGCCGGGAUGAAGGACAGCAAGGGUGGGAAGUCUGACUGUGGAGAUGAGGUAGAGAACCAGAUCUUACAAAAAGUCCCUUCAGCGAGAGGAGGGCUGGGGCUGCCAACUGCAGCUGAAGGCAGAUGCUUUUGGAGCAGCCGUUGCUACUUUGUUUUGACCAUUGUUGCUAUUAACAAGGAUCCAGAAGCUCCAAUUUUCCAAGUAGCAGACUACGGACUGGUGGCAGACUUAUUUCAGGCAGUGCCUGAGAUGACGGAGCUCCUGAAGAAGAAGUGAGCAACUGCAGUGGCUGCAGUUGGGCUGGGCAGUAAUGACAGCACAACCCCAAGAUUACUGGAGAGUACUGGUGUCAGUGUAUGUUUGUGCUGGGCAGUGCUUGGUAUGGGCGGAGGUGGGGACAGAGGUGGUAUGAAGGAAUAACAGUAAUAAAGGAUUGGAGUGGAAAGAGA